CACUAUUGAGCAAUCGAUAAACCCGCGCCCCUCGGUCCCUCCCACCAUCCAGGUCCCAGCCAGCGCCGUGCUGCACGUAAGCCCCGCGCACGCCACCUCAUCAUUCCCUGACGCACGACACCCCACAAAGAAAACGUCUGGGCUAAGUCUGACAUGCAAUAUCCGCGACUCAGCACCAUCGCUCUUUCGAGUAAAGAACUUGCCGUCGAGGAGGGGAUGGAAAGGCAGUGCAAACGGAGGUGCAGAAUAUUCAUCGAAUCUGAUGGCUGUGCAUGACGGCGCGCAACUUGGCCGCCGUGCCAGCGGCACGACCACGUCGACUGACCCGCUGGCAAACAGAGGAUGCCGGUUCCGCAUCGCAAAUGAGAGCUGUGGGCAGGAUAGUGCUGUGUAGGAGCUACACGGCAUGCCCCGUGCCUGAGCGCACACGCAGUCCUCUACACUGCGCGUUCGGUGUAGCCUCCAGCACUAGCCAACCCCCAUCCCAUGCCAUCCCCAUGCGGCAACCGCUCAUGCAGGGUCCCCGCCAAACGCGUCCUUUGUCCUCGUCGCAACCGUUGAAUCCCACCCACCCAUUCUACCUGAAACGCACGGAAACGCAAAUCCACGGUACGCGGACUGGAAUGUUUCUUCAUCUCGUCUCGUCGCGUCCCGCGCCGUCGUGCAGAUUGCAUGUGACUCACCCAGCACCUUCCCUUCCCGCAGCGCCCGCUCCAUCAAAUCUCGCGUCCGUGUAUCGACAUCCCCACUGUGCAAUAUCACUCCCGCUCGUCUCGUCAAGAUUCCCUCUCUUCGCCUAGUAGCUCGAGGUUAUUAUUGCAAUUUUUUUUUAUUUCACUCUCGCGUGUCUUGUCCUGCAAAUUCCCGCGGAGCACGCCUGCGCUUGCCAAAGUCCGUCCGUCCGUUGGGUCCUUGCCCGCACGCCCCCGUUUC